AUGCUCAAGAAUUUGUGGCUGUCUAGAAUGCCAUCAGGCCAGGGCAGUCUUAGCCGUGUGCCAGGACCAGGAAAUAGACAAUUUAGCAGCCAUUGCCGACAACAUAAUAGAGAACAGCAGGACCGGCAAAGUCGCAGCCAUUGUUGGAGCAUCAUCAGCAGCACCACAGAUGCCUGCUGUAGCAGACACAUUCACGGGGUUCAUGCAGCAAUUGAACAAGCUCACGCUAGAAGUUGCGGCACUCCGCAGCGAGGUGCAAGAUCGAGGACGUCCCAGGAGUCGCAGUCACCAAAGCUACAGGAGCAGGUCCGCGUCGCGCAAAAGAAGGACUCCAGGGGAUCCAGAGUGGCUCUGCAGGUUCCAAUACCGGUGGAGGAAGAACGCGAGGAGGUGCGAGGAACCUUGCGCCUGGCGUAA